UGACCUGAACUCCGAGUUGCCAUUUGCUACCUUAAAUUCAUUCGGUUUGCUGUCGCAAAGAGCAAAUAUUUCUAAAAAAGCUGCAGUGCAGUUGAAGGGAAUGAUAUCUGUCAGACUAGCCCAGGUGAAGGACCAGAACCAAUUGGAGCUUACUAUAGGAUGUAACCUUACUGGGAAAUGGAUCCUUCAAUGGGGAGCGUCCUCAAUCGACGACAGUGGCAGCGAUUGGGAUCAAACUCCUGAAGAAAUUACACCCCCGGGCUCAAUACCCAUCAAAGAUUAUGCUAUUGAGACACCAUUGAAGAAAUCAUCCUCAUCUUCUUCGGGAGAUUCUGUUCAUGAAGUGAAGAUUCAUCAUGUUCUCGACAAAACAAUUGCAACUAUAAAUUUUGUUUUGAAGGAUGAAGAAACUGGAGUUCUGUAUCAGCACAAAGGGAGAGAUUUUAAGGUGCCUCUUUUAGAAUACCAUGGUGAAGAUGAAAAUAUAGUUGGAACAAAAAAGGAUAUGGAUUUAUGGCCAGGGGCUUUGGUUCAGCUAUACAACCUCCUUGUCAAAGCAGAAUCAAAUUCUAAAGAUCAAGGAAGCAAUGGUGAAUCUGGAGAUACAAAGGAGAGAAAAAAGUAUUUGGAAGGCUUCUAUGAAGAGCCGCCUAUUGUAAAAGAAGUAGCUGUUGAUAAUUUGGUCUGUGUUUCGGUUAGAAAGUGUCCAGAAACAACAAAAUAUCUUUUGUAUUUGGAAACUGAUCUACCUGGAGAUGUUAUUGUUCAUUGGGGAGCGUGUAGAGAUGAGACUAGGAAAUGGGAGAUUCCAGCAGCUCCUCAUCCUCCGGAAACAACAGUGUUCAAGAACAAGGCCUUGCGUACCCUACUGCAGCCGAAAGAAGGGGGGAAGGGAAGUUGUGGAACUUUUACCAUAGAAGAAGAUUUUGGAGGAUUUCAUUUUGUUCUCAAGCAGAAUGAGAACUCUUUGUUAAACUAUAAGGGAGAUGACUUCUAUGUCCCCUUCUCAAGUUCUGGUAACCUGCCUGAUCACCCGAGACGGAGCGAAUCAGAGGAUGCAGAAGUAUCUAGAAAACCUGAAGAAGAAUCUGAAGGAGUUUCUGUUACUGACAUUUCUUCUCAGAAGACUCAAAAGAAAAAAACCAAAGAAGCACAAGAAAGCAUUCUUGAGGAAAUUGAAAAAUUGUCUGCUGAAGCCUAUGAUCUCUUCAGAAGUUCUUCUUCAACAGAGGAAAUAAUUGAGACGCCUAAACCCGUAGAACCACCUGUUCGAACAUCCUCUGGCACAGGUACAGGUUUUGAAAUAUUGUGCCAAGGGUUCAAUUGGGAAUCUCACAAAUCUGGAAGAUGGUACAUGAUACUUAAAGAGAAAGCUGCAGAAUUAUCCUCCCUUGGUUUCACUAUGCUAUGGUUGCCACCUCCAACAGAAUCUGUGUCACCAGAAGGGUAUAUGCCGAAGGACUUGUAUAAUUUAAAUUCCAGAUAUGGUAACAUUGAUGAGCUGAAGGAUGCUGUGAAGACGUUCCAUGAUGUUGGGAUAAAGGUUCUUGGUGAUGUUGUCCUAAAUCAUCGUUGUGCACAUUUUAGAAAUCAAAAUGGUAUUUGGAAUAUAUUUGGUGGUCGCUUAAAUUGGGAUGAACGUGCUGUAGUUUCAGAUGAUCCACAUUUUCAGAGUGACAGAACACAUGUAAAUGUCCCAUUGAUUAUUCAAUUUUCAUGCCAUGUGAAGGGUAGGGGCAACAAAAGUAGCGGAGAUAACUUUCAUGCUGCGCCUAACAUUGAUCAUUCACAAGAUUUUGUGAGAAAUGAUAUUAAAGAAUGGUUAUGCUGGUUAAGAAAGGAAAUUGGGUACGAUGGGUGGAGGCUUGAUUUUGUCAGAGGAUUCUGGGGUGGUUAUGUGAAGGAUUACUUGGAUGCAAGUGAACCUUACUUUACUGUUGGCGAAUACUGGGAUUCGCUGAGCUAUACGUAUGGUGUGAUGGAUUAUAAUCAAGAUGCUCAUAGACAGAGAAUCAUUGACUGGAUAAAUGCUACUAAUGGAACUGCUGCAGCAUUUGAUGUUACUACCAAAGGGAUCCUUCAUUCUGCAGUUGAUAGAUGUGAAUAUUGGCGUUUAUCAGAUGAGAAACGAAAGCCUCCUGGAGUCGUUGGAUGGUGGCCUUCUCGUGCUGUUACCUUUAUAGAGAAUCACGACACUGGAUCUACUCAGGGUCAUUGGAGAUUUCCCAGUGGAAAAGAAAUGCAAGGGUAUGCUUACAUCCUGACUCAUCCUGGGACACCAUCACUAUUCUUUGACCACAUUUUCUCCCACUACAAAUCUGAGAUUGCAACACUUAUUUGUCUUAGAAAACGGCAGAAACUUCACUGCCGGAGCGUAGUUAAAAUUGAGAAGGCAGAAAGGGAUGUGUAUGCAGCCACCAUGGAUGAAAAAGUUGGAGUGAAGAUUGGACCAGGCUAUUUUGAACCUCCUAGAGGAUCCAGUGGAUGGUCAUUGGUUAUGGAGGGAAAAGACUACAAGGUCUGGGAAGUAUCCAACUAAAUCC